AUGCCCCCGCCGCCGCCCGCCCUGCCCUGGCUCCUGGCCGCCUGCUGCCUCUGCGCCCUCCCACGGGGCUCAGGGUUCCCGCAGCCUUUCUCGCGCUACCGGGACGGUGUGGAGCUGCCCCCAAACCAGCAACUGGCACUGUGUUUCAGUCAGUGGAUGGAAAUGUCCGAUCAACCCCAGAUCUCCAGCACUGUUUUGGAUCUCUGUUAUUCCAUAUUCAACAGCAUGCAUAAAAAUGAGGAAUCACAGAUUGCUUCUGCAAAGUUUACAAAGAAGGACAGUCAUGGAACUCUGGGGCGGCCUUUCUUCCUUUUCAGGCCUCGAAAUGGAAGAACUGUUGAAGGCAGUGGUAAGUAGGCAACAAAAAGUGUCAAGAAUUUCUUCUGCCAUUUCACCAGUGAUGAGCCUCAUGACAAAAGAAGGUACUGAGAAGCAUUACAAACCUAGUGCAAACCUAGAUACACACAUUUCAUAUGGCCACUAAGAGCUGUCUUGACAGAAAUGUAGGGUUUUUUCAUCCUCAGAGACUUAGAGUGCACACCCUUGACAGAGGGAUGGGUUUCUUUGUCAGGCUUCCAUACUCUAAUAUAAGGUCAGCAGGGUUACAACAUGGUACGAAGAGAACUGCAUGAGAAGAAAGGAUUCAUGUUUGACUACAAAUAACAGAUUUGGGUGCUUUUCUAGACCUUUGGAUAUCAAAAUCUUCUGGUUUUAGAAUCUGAAGCUAUUUAAUUUCUAACUUUGAAAAUAACCAGAUGUA